AUGAUCGACCCGCAGUCGUACGAGGUGCUGUACGAGGAGCCGGACGACAAGAUCGAGUCGAUCGACGCGCUGCUCGAGGAAUUGCCCGACAACUCGCCGCGGUUCGUCGUGCUCAGCUACUCCAAAACGCUCGAUGACGGCCGGCUCAGCAACCCGCUCGUGCUCGUGUACCACCGCCCGCUGACGGCAAAGCAGGACGCCAAGAUGCUCUACGCGGGGUGUCUCGAGCAGUUCAAGGGCGAGGUCAGCGCGAACCGACAGCGCCCGGGGCCACGGUCUGCGAGGGCUUCUGAGCCCUCUGUGUGUGUCACGUGCGCGGUGGUAGAUAAUUUUCAAGGUCAAAAAAUUUUUCCUCAAAAUAUUCUAUCAACAUGGGUCGUAUGCACAGCAAAGUGGGUAGCGUAUAGCCCAAUACACGCCUUUGAUUCGGGCUGCAGCGGUGCAGGCUGCGCAGCACCAAUCCUAUGCCAUGUAUUGGAUAAGUAUCGAAUACUAACCGUCCAGGGAAAAGGAAUUUCUUCCUCCGCCAUUCCAUACUCGAGAAACGUUCCGUCCUGGUUCAAGCUCUCGUCCGAGGAUGUUGUUGAGCAGAUCAUCAAGUACGCCAGAAAGGGUCUGACUCCCUCGCAGAUCGGUGUCAUCCUGAGAGACGCCCACGGAGUCAACCAGGCCAAGGUCAUCACCGGCAACAAGAUCCUGAGAAUCCUCAAGUCCAACGGGCUUGCUCCGGAGAUCCCAGAGGACCUGUACUACCUGAUCAAGAAGGCUGUUUCCGUGAGAAAGCACCUGGAGAGAAACAGAAAGGACAAGGACUCCAAGUUCAGACUCAUUCUGAUCGAGUCCAGAAUCCACAGACUCGCCAGAUACUACAGAACGGUUGCUGUGCUGCCACCAACCUGGAAAUACGAGUCUGCCACUGCUUCUGCCCUGGUCAACUAG